AUGACCGACCAAGUAACGCAACUUAAAGCUCUGAAGGGCAUAUUGAUUGAUGCAACUGCAGAACCAAUUAUGCUAUCAUAUCCAUUUCUAAGCUCCAUCACAGGAAAUUUCUCUCGAGAAAUCGGCCGUGGUGGUUUCGGAAUUGUUUACCAGGGAGACCUUGGGACUAGGAAGGUUGCUGUGAAGAAACUUUCCAUCAUACCAGAGAGGUUCUCGGACACACUCUUUGUGGAAGAGAUUAAGUGUUUAAUAAAAGCAAAGCACAAUAAUGUGGUCAGAUUUCUAGGUUAUUGUGCAGAUACACAGGGGGAAUUGAUAUUAUUCAACGGAAUGCAUGUGUUGUCAGAGCUACCACAACGGCUGUUAUGCUUCGAGUAUGUUCCUAAUGGAAAUCUUGGGAAGUAUCUUGAAGAUAAAUCUCAUAAAGAUGAAUGGAAAAUUCGCCAUCAAAUGAUUAGGGGAAUUUGUCAUGGUUUGAAUUGCCUUCAUGAGCAACGAAUUACUCAUUUGGAUUUAAAACCUGAAAAUAUUCUUUUGGAUGCUUGUAUGGAACCAAAAAUUGCGGACUUUGGGAUAUCAAGAUGCUUUGAUGAAGGAAUAUCAAGAGUUUACACCAAAAUCCUUCGUGGAACAAUGGGAUAUAUUGCACCAGAGACCAUAAAGAAUGGAGAAAUAACAUUCAAGUCAGAUAUAUAUGGUUUGGGCAUUAUAAUUAUAAAGUUGUUAACAAUGGGUAACUACUCUGAUUUUGAAAGUUGGCAUACAUCUUUAGACAUGGACCACCCACAAGUAAGGAGCUGGGCCGAAAUAGCUCAAACAUGUGUGCAUACAGCCCAACAUAAGAGACCUACAAUAUGCAAGAUCAUGCAAAAGAUGAAUGAGAUAGAUAGCAUGUGAUAAAAAUUUCCAGUACCUUCAGUAUACCGAAAUUAUGAACAUUCAAGGUAGAGAUGUAAUCAUGU